AUGUUUUCAUCAAAAAGAGUGGUGCCUCCAAAAGUAGCGAAAAUAUAUGAAUUAGACAGCACAACAUCUACCAACGCCCAAAAAGUAGCAUUGAUAAAAGAAGUAGAGUUGUUGGUGAAGUCACAAAUAAAAGGAGCAUAUGCAGUGAUAGCGGGUCCAUCAUGCAAAAACUACGGAGCUAAUCAUCUAACAGAAAAUUGCACAUCUUUGGGCUUUCCAGAGGAACAAAUCUACUUCAUUCAAAAUGGCCCUCGAAAUUUUAAUCCUUUUUCACAAACGUAUAACCCAGGAUGGAGACAACACCUAAACAUUAGAUGGUCAGAUAAUCAGCAAGGAAACAGUUCAAACAAUAAUCAGCAAGCAUCCAUUAAGAAGCUGGAAACUCAAAUUGGUCAGAUAGCUCAACAGCUUGCAAAACGCCCACAAGGGACAUUGCCAGGCAACACAAUGGUCAAUCUAAAAGAGCAAGUGCAAGUUAUUGCAACUAGAAGUGGAGUGCAACUUCCAGAGAUACGUGUGAAGAGACUAGACAGAAAAGAUAAAGAAGUAAUGGGUAAAGAGGCUGGGACAAAAGUAGAGUCUGAACAACCAACUAAUGAGGAGGAUAAAAGGAAAGAAAUACCCAGCCUCGUGAAAGCUUAUGUGCCACCAAUUCCCUUCCCUCAAAGAUUACAGAGAAAGAAGUUAGACAAGCAGUUUGCCAAGUUUGUGGAGAAUUUCAAGACACUGGACAUCAAUAUUUCAUUUACAGAUCCAAUUGCCCAAAUGCCCAGCUAUGCUAAAUUCUUGAAGGAGAUCUUGUCUAACAAAAGGAAGCUGGAAGAACAUGAGAUAGUCUACCUGAACGAGGAGUGCAGUGCCAGUGUUAAUUUGAUGCCCCUCUUUAUUUACAGGUCUCUUGGAUUGGGAGAAGCAAAACCUACAACAAUCUCAUUGCAACUGGCUGACAGAUUAAUCAAAUGA